AGAAAAGCAUGCUCUUGCCCAUCGCAGCCUCGCAGCAUCCGGCGUUGUCAUUCACAUUCUCGGCGAUGCGCUGAACACCAUCGGCGUCAUCAUCGUCGGCAUCAUAUCCCUGUGUCUCCAUCAGAGCGAGGUGACCUCGUAUGUCGAUGCAGCUCUCUCGUUGGCCAUUGGCUUCAGCAUCAUUUGCACGGCGAUGCCUCUGAGUGAGAAAUGAUCCAUCGUCAAAUAGCGAUCAGCUCACGCUGACCACCGCUUGCCCUCUUCCCACACACUCGCAGCCCUCCGCUCAGGCAUGGUCCUCCUACAAUGCACCCCCAGCUCAGUCAAUAUCGAGCGCAUCUCCUCGGAGCUCACGCGCCUUCCCGGCGUGCUACGCAUCGACGAAUUGCGCAUCUGGCAGCUCAACGAGCACCACUCUAUCGCUUCGGUCAAACUACUCCUUGUCCUACCCGACGAGAAGCCCAACGUCUGCGCCAACCCGAAUGCGCAGCCGCACCCUCACCUCUACCACUUCUUCAUCAUGCCGUCCGACGUCCUACGCCGCGCUCGUGCUAUUCUCCAGUCGUGGGGCGUAGAGGAGUGCACGGUAGAGGUCGAGUACGACACCUGGCAGCAGACAGCUCAGUGCAUGAUUGCCACCCCACCUCGUGCUGCAAGCAAUGAUUCGAUCAAUGAGGCAAGGCCGUCGGGCACGAUGAUGCGCACGUCACCGCCGCGCUCGAGCGAGGCUAUCAAUGGAGAUACCGGCGGCACGGAAAGGAGGCGAUCGAGUUGGCGAGGGCCGCGAUGCGAUUCAAGCCCCUGAGUCGCGGUGCGGUGGGGCCGACGCUGGGCAGGCAGGCAGGUCCACCCGUUUAACGUCCAAUGCCCCUUGGCAAGCAAGCAAGCAAGCAAAGCACGGUCGACUUCCUAUUCUCCAUCUAUACCACCUUC